UUCCCCGGUGCCACUCGACCUCGACCCCGGCGGAUCCAGAGGAGUGGUCCAUGAUUGCGGCCUUCAUGCUACACGUCGACGCCACAACACUGUUCAACUUUCACUGCGCUUGCUCUCAUAUCUGUCCGCCGAUGGCAAGCUCCUCAGUUCCGGUUCCCUUCCAAGUUUGAGAGCUAGCUAGCCCGAGGCACCAACGGUCGAUUUGGUGACCCGGGGUUGGCUCGCAGGCACCAAAAUGGAUCACGGAUACGGCUGGGCUGCGUCCGAGGAAAACUUUCCAAGUUUCGCACUUGAAAUAUACCUCCGGCGGCGAGACGCAAACCCCUCCCGCUCUCCACCCGCCCGCCCGAACAAGGAAACCCACCGCCGCUCCCCGCUCUCCACCUCCGGCAGCGUCGUCUGUCCCGUUUUCGCGACCAAGAGACCCUCUCCGGUUGACCGAUGGCGCAGUCGAGAGGCCACCAGGCGCGCGCGCACGGCGGCGACAGGGAGGGCGCGGCCCUCAAGCGGCGCCGCAUGUCCCCGAACGCUAGUGCCAGGGUUGGGGACGAACAGAUUGCUCAGGCUCCCACCUCCGAGUCUCUCCAGCGCCGCGGGUCGCAGAACGCGGGCCACGUCGACCACGGCGAUGCUGGCGGCCUCCACGCCGCCGCCCCGGGCGCCGGGCACCCGAACCCCCACAAGCCCGACUGCUGCUUGGAGCGGCGCCGGCCCGGCGACUCCAGCGCUGCCGUCGUUCGGAUAGGAGGUGCCGAGUGGGUGGUGCGGCGCCGCUCUGUCCGGUCAGCGGCAGCUGGCGGCGAGUCUCCUGGCGACACCGUCCACCGGAGCGCACCGCAGGUGGAGCACGUCCACAACGGUGACGGCCUCCACGCCGAGCGUCGCCGUUUCCGACCGCAGAGGGUGGUGCCGGGUGCCUGCAUCGGGCCGCGGGCGGCGCCAGACUUCGAAGUUGGAGAGCCCGCGGCAUACGAGUGCUACCUGCAGCGUCGCCGCCCCGGUGACUCCAGCCGCGCGGUCUUCCGAGCUGCCGGUGUGGAGUGGGUGCUGCGGCGGCGUCCCUGCAUCCGAGCUGCGGCGGCUGGCGACUCUCCGGUCCUCCUACCCCAAGCCAACCAUUACGCCACAUGCGAACUUGGCGCAAUUAAUCCGUUCCUUGAAUUGCCUGCCAUCGAUGGCAUCCGGCCCCAAUUGCCCCAUCCCGGGGGUUCUGAUAUCUUCUUGGCAUUGGACAGGACCUAUGAAGGUGCCCCUUCGCUAUUGAGGCGUGCAGGCUGUCUAGGCAAUUUUGAUUACUGGCUACCGUCUUAUCUGUUUUCUUGGGCAGUAUGGUGCAACUCAGUCGAGUUAUCAGAACAACUACUUCCAAAAGAAUGGACAUGGGAGUGGCUAGCUUAUCCGCCGGUUCACCAGGGCUUUGGCAGAGAUGGAAGGACGGGCGAGGGUUCCUGUGUCAUCUGUUCACUGGUCAUGUGCAUACACGCCAGGUACCGACUGCAGUAUGAGCGGCGCCAUGGACUGGGGUCAUUCCCAUUCGAGGUAGCAAUGGACCUGCGGUACCUGAAGGCAGCCUGCCGGGGGGCAAACAUCUGGAGACCUGCUAAGAUGGGCACAACUCCAGCCCGUGUUCUCGAGCUGCUGGAGUCACAUCCAAAUAUUGGAGUCAAGACCGAGCUCUUCAAUGGAGUGCCAGGCCCUACCCUGCGGCCCAGUAGCUGGGGCGAGUUCUACAGCUCCCUUUCCACGUCCUCCGGCGGUCGUACAAGGCUGAAUCACUCCGAGAUGGCCCGCCUGCUUCGGCUGGGAGGUCCCGUCGUCGGAGCUCUCCAUGCUGGCCCUAGCUACCGCACCGCUGUUCACCCGCUCCUAUCCUACAACGGAGCUGACGCCACGGACUGGGCUCCAAACCACGCAACGCUCUGCGUCGGAUACCACAUAUCAGAGGAGGACAUCAUGGACAUCAAGGUGCUCGAUAAUCAGGAUCCCGAGGGCCCGGUCCUUUGGGUGAGGUACGAGUGGUUUGACUACUUCACAGCCGUCGAGUUUGAGGAAGUGGAGAGCAGGAUUCAAGCAAUGUUCAGACAUAUUCGACGCAUCGCAUCCAGCACAGCAUGAGGCAUCGCCAGCAGGGCUCGACGGAUCGCCUCCAAGGUAUGGGCCUGGUUCUGAAGGCUGGGCAGUUUAUAAUUUUGCCGGUCAGUUGGGGCUAUGGGGCUUACUAAGUGGUGGGAGGGAUAUGUCCCUUCCACCACUUAGUAGGCCUCGCUGAUGGGGGCGUUUUGGUGGAGUAAGAGUAGGUAGCGUACGAUAUCUUCCUGUAGAUGCAAGGAACAGACGCAGAACAAUUAUUCACCAACAGUGCAAGAUCAGGUAGGGGGGGUCUUGCAGAGAAAUAUCCUUGGCACUGAUCUGAUAUACUACAUACGUUGCUGAUUCAUUCAUGUGCUAUAUAUGCUACCUUGGCUGUUUCUGCUUC